UUAUAAAUGUAUUCUUAUCUGGGGGUCAAAUUUGUCGUACAAUUCACGAAAAUGGCGAUUACCAGAACUGGACAGUCGCUUACAAAGUGUGCUCCCUGGAUUUCUGUUGUGGUAGUUUUGGUUACCAUUAGUAAUGUAAAUGCGGGAUGCCCAAACGGAUUUCUUCAGCACGAUGAUUCUUGUUACAAAUUUUUCCACUCCACCAAAGCGACCUGGGCAGAGGCCAUGAUGUACUGUCAGCUGUUCAAGUCACAUCUCGCCGUCAUCGAAUCAACAAGAGAGCAAAAUUUCGUUGAGGGGCUCUUCCGUCGAGAGUAUCACAGAGGCCUGCCUGACGGCUGUUGGAUUGAUGGGACGGACUCCCUCGUGGAGGGUGAGUGGGUGUGGACGACGACAGGCAAAACCAUAUCGACAGAGGAUUACCAGAAGUGGUUCCCAGGGAAGCCUGACUCUGGUGGCACCGGAGAGGAUUGUAUGGCACUACUACAACAUGAGAACUACAGUUGGGAUGAUGACAGUUGUGAGACCAUGAACAACUUCCUGUGUGAAACAAGUUCUGAUGCUGGGGGACAGCUGAUUGUGGGAUAAACCAUUCCAGAUCUCAUCCAGUAACAAUGAUCGAUUGUCACAUUAAAGGCUACCCAUUCAUCCAUU